AUAAAACUGUUAGAUAGUAUAAUAAAGAGCGGAUUAUUUCAUAAAAAAAAUUCCUAUUUAAUUUGAAAAUUAAUUCAUAUUAUUCUUCGGUUUCUUCCCAUAUACAAGUCCCCCAUCCCAAUCAUUUAUCUUCAAUUAUUUCCCAACAAAGACCCCUCCCUUUUCCUUCACUUCCAAACUCAAUUCUUUUUAGUGUUUUUAGUAAAACAAAUGGAAAACUCAAACUCGAACUCCAACUCCAACUCAACUAAAAAGCCUCAUGCAAUACUAGUAGCACAUCCCCUACAAGGCCAUCUAAUCCCCACCGUACAUCUAGCAAUGAAGCUAGCAUCAAAAGGCCUAUCAAUAACUUUCAUAAACACCGAAAACAUUCACCAUCAAAUAACCCUCUCCAACCCUACCACACUUAGUGAUGGUCACGACCUAUUCACCGAGGCCCGAACCACAUCGGGCCUCGACAUCGACUACAUGACUGUAUCCGACGGGUUACCAUUAGAGUUUGACCGUUCAUUGAACCAUGAUCAAUGGGUUGGGGCUACAAUCCACUGCUUCCCAGCUCACUUGGAGGUAGCCGUAGCGAAGAUCAUGAGUUCGAGGCCGGCUACUUGUUGCUUGAUCGUUGAUAGUUACUCGGUUUGGGGAUCAAAGUUGGCUAAGAAGUUUGAUUUGUUACAUGUAUCGUUUUGGACUGAGUCUGCUAUGGUGCUUGAUUUAUACUUUCAUCUUCACUUGCUCAAGAUAAAUGGCCAUGUUGGUCCUGGAACAAGUUCACGAAACGAUCCAAUCGACUACAUACCAGGGAUAAGAUCAAUCAAUAGAUCAGAUCUGACAUCAUAUCUUCAAGAAGAAGACUUGACAACAAUCCCACAUCAAUGCAUCUUGCCAUCACUAGAAGAUACUAAACGGGCUGAUUAUAUACUUGGUAACACGGUCCAAGAUCUCGAAGCCCAUUGCAUCAAAGCCAUUGAGGCCCAUACUCCAUUUUUUGCAAUUGGCCCAUUAUUUGCACCUGGGUUCACAAAAGGCCCAGUGGCCACUAAUUUAUGGGCCGAGUCAGAUUGCAUCCAAUGGUUAGACUCAAAACCUAAUGGCUCGGUUUUAUAUGUUUCAUUUGGUAGCUAUGCACAUCUCACUAGGGAGGAGCUAGAGGAGAUAGCUCAUGGAAUUAGGCUAAGUGGGGUUAACUUCCUUUGGGUUAUCCGACCCGAUAUGGUGAGUUCCGAUGAUACGGAUCCACUUCCUAUCGGAUUUAAAGAUAUGGUUUGUGAUCGAGGGAUGAUCGUGACAUGGACUUGUCAGAUAGCGGUCUUAUCUCAUCGUGCAAUAGGAGGAUUCUUAACACAUUGUGGAUGGAACUCGACACUAGAGAGUAUAUGGUGUGAAGUUCCGUUAUUGUGUUUUCCAUUAUUGACCGAUCAAUUUACCAACCGUAAAUUAAUUGUGGAUGAAUGGAAAAUCGGUUGCAACCUUUGUGAUGAUGAAAAUCCCGUAAAAAGGGAGGAGGUGGUACGAAAAAUAAAGGGUUUAAUAAGUGGGUCUAAGAGGUAUGAGCUCAAUGUUAAGAUCAAGGAGACCAAACGUGUACUUCAAAAUGCAAUAACGACAAAUGGAUCUUCCGAGAAAGGUGUUGAGAAAUUCAUUGAGAAAUUAAUAAGUGGAGCUAACUAAGAACAAAUUUGGUUGCUUUCAUUUUUUUUUAAAAAAAAAGGGUUAGAAUAAUUAUUGUACUACGUACGGUUAAAGUUUUUUGUUUUUAGAUAACAAGUUAUUGCAAGAAAACAAGAUUACAACCAAGAUUACUUGUUUGUCAUUUGGUGUCUUCCAAUUUGUUUGGGAAUCUUGUAAUACAAUGUUUGAUUUCCAACUAUUUGACCUAUAUGGUCUAUUUAGCAAGAAUAAUGUUUAGUUAUUUUGGA